UCGCCCGCGCGCCGAGCCACGGCAGCCGGCACGCUGUCGUCGCCGGCGCUCAGUGACUGGUGCACCCUACGUGCGAGCAAGUGUUUUUCGUCGUGGACUCUCCGUGUGGCACGAGAGAAAAAGAAAAGAGAAGGAAGCGGAGCCUCGGUGUGCGUGUAGGUUUUGUUGGAUCCGUUGUGCCGUCGUCGUGUCGUCGUCGUCUCUUUCGUUCGAGCGAACCGGGGAACGCGUCACGGAACUUCGAUCGAAAAUUGCGUUCCACGCUGCGCGCGCUCUGCGCCGGUGACCCUGACAUUCGACGGACGAGAGCGAACCGACACAUUUGCCCGACCGUGCCGGUUAGAGAAUCAUCUUUCGUACGAUAUCGUUGGACACCGAGUAUCCGAGGCCUUCGUCGACGAUAUACGCAGUUUCGAGUACGAACAGUCAUCGAGAGACUCAGACUUUGUCGAAACUACCGCGACGUGGCGUCGCGGAACCACGCUGACCUUGACUUUGUUGCACGAAACACAUUACGACGCCACGACCGAAAGACAGAUUCCUUCCGAAAGCGAAUCGUGCUCGUUGUUUACAGUGAUAUUUCUUGCGAUCGUGCUCGGAGUGACCAUUGCUUCUUUUUUUCACAAAUUCUCCGUGUCGAGAGGAAAGAACAUCAACGAAUGACACUUUGUUCCGGCGUGUGUUGGUUCCGUUCCUGAUCACCGAUCGAACCGGCGCUAUUUUUCUCCUUGUGGUGCGCGCCUUUUUUUCUUUCAGUACCAGAUACAUCCGCUGCGUGUCUCUGCAAUUUACUGCGCGCCACUUGGCAAACCAUCAAGAAGCCAGUCAUUGAAUGGAUGUGCGUGUGACGACGCAACCGAGACGCGGGAAAUGCGCGAAGAUGAAAGAAUAGAAUAACCGAGGGAUAACGCGAAAGAAACCAAGUUGUAUAACGCUUAACCGUGCAGAAGUUUACCUGCGAUUAGCCACUACUUUGUCUACGACCGGAGUGUCGUUUACCUAGUUUGCCUAGAAUCGAGAAAGCACGAUACGAGGCGUCGGUUUGUGGUUCGCAACGGUGUACAACGAGUUGGAAGAGACGGGUCGGUUCGUAAGGGCGGGUUUGACAUCGAUCCGUGAGGAGGAAGUGAUGGCACCGCGACGUCACGCGAACGGCCACGCUGGUGUACUGAUGGAGAACGGCGGAGGAGGAGCCGGUGGCGGUGGUAUAAACGACACGAUGGAGAACAACCUGCUAACACAGAAUCAGACGACCCGUUGCUGCACGCCUACCGGCGAGUGCCUCCGGGGUGACGCUUUAAUUCGCUUAAACGCUCUACACGACGCGGUCAAGGUGAUGUGCAACAACGACAACUGCCCGAUCGGUCAGUUCAUGCAUCGCGAGUGUUUCGACGCCUGGGAGCAAACCGUGCUUACGUAUUUGAAGAGUUGCGGACGCGCCCGUAGCUGGUCCGAGCGACAGCGCCAUCAGAAUCUUUGGACGAAAAAGGGUUACGAUCUGGCCUUUAAAGCGUGCGGUUGCCGUUGCGGACGUGGACAUCUGAAGAAAGAUCUCGAUUGGAUGCCACCGGGAACCGGCAACGUUACUGGUAACAGACAAGACGAGAACGAGGCGAAGAAGAAGAAACGACGCAAUCGUCAGAAUACCAGACCUACUUUAGCCGUUUCGGCUGGACCGCCGAGCCACGGCAAUCACGUUUCGACGAACGGUCGUGGUCCGACCGAGGCACAGUUGAUCGAAUCCGGCCGUGGAAGGGCCGGCUCGCUCUCGUCCAGCACUGGUUCCAGCUCGCCACCGGCCACCAGCGAACCCAGCGUUAGCCCCCUUCAUCAGCCCCAGGUCAUUAUGAAGAAGAAGAGCAAGGUUGAUUUCUUCAGUGAUCGAGCUCGGCAAAGUUGCGGUGCGAAUGGAAUCUUCUCCCGUCGACUGGAUUUCAGCGCCUUCAACAGCCUGCCACGCACUAAACUCAACUCCUAUCACAUUAAGAUGGAAGACGAGGGCAAUCAUGGCAACGAUGAUACCAGAUGCUUCAUCCUGUCGACGUUGGCCGCGCUACAAUGGUCCAGAGUUUCCUGCGUCCUUUGUCGAGCACCCAUGCUCGUCUUCGACAGGUAUCCCUUGGUGGAUGGUACUUUCUUCUUGUCACCCAGACAACACUCGUCCGCCUGCGCGGAGGUUAAGGUCGAAGGUCGCACGCAAUUUUUGUCCGCUGUGUGUAUGAGCUGCCUGGAAGGUAGCGGUGGCCAACCCGUACGUUGUCGUUGCUGUACUCAGCCGUGGGACGGAUCUAGCUUAGUCCUUGGUACAAUGUACAGCUACGAUAUUUUCGCUGCCAUGCCUUGUUGCACCGAGCGACUCAAGUGCAACAGCUGCCAGAAGCCACUGAUCUAUCCGCACCAGCGGCUCAAUUUCUACUCGGACUACAGCCGCGUAUUCGCGUGUCCGCAUUGCCGAGCCGUGGACGCCCACUUCGUAAAACCGCUCUCGAUCUGCUUCACCCGCGAGCAGUUUCAGCUUUAUAGCCAGUGGCCGUAACCAUUAGGGAACUUAGCUAACCGGCGUCGAAGCAUCGCGACUGACCCGUGUCCCCUCUUCUUCGAUCCACUGAUCUCCCUGCUCCGGGCGACCUUGCUCUAGAUCAUCCCUCUCCACGCUCGUCAGAUCGUUUUAAUUCUUUCCUGUAAACGAUUAUCAUCCACCCGAAGAAGAUAACGACGACGAAGAAAAGAAGAAGAAGAAGAAGCAAAAGCAGAAGGAGAAGAAGAAGACGAAAAAUGCGAGAAGAAAGCAACGAGAGCGUGAAAAAUCUCAGGCUCGACACUUCGCUUUUUCUACGCUCUUUUUAUUCAUUUUUCUCGGCAACAACGAGUUUUGUUUUCUGUUUUUACAAGAAACGAUCAAUUUUUAGUUUUUCAUUCGAGCGUUCCGAUUUUCGGGAACAUUGCCGAUGUGUUUCCAGUUAUCGAUCGAGCGAGCCAAGAAAAUGAUUUUCUCUUAUGUUACGUACGAACGUGUCAGGAUCUUGCCGAAAUGUCGAUUAACCUGAGAUCGAGAGUGUUAAGCGGACGUGUAAGGUCAUUACCGGCGAGUUCCCGUAGCAGCGAUAACGUUUAAGGUUUUUUUCUUUCUCAAUGUCGAUAUAGUAGGGUUUAUCUAUGUUAAUUGAAAUGCGAGGGACGAGGGAAUCCGUGUACUUGGGCCACAACGACGAGUUCAUGCCAUCGAUCGACAUGAGAACCGACGCAUCUCGACGGCGUAUCGAUCGAUUCGGCGGAGCUUUGACUCUUGGCGAGAAUUCGAGCCAAGGAUUAUCGUCAGUAUUAUUGGUAAGAUUAAAUAACAAAUCCCAGAACCGGAGUGCGUUUCUGGUGGAAUUGAUCUUUAAGUUAGCAAAAGUUUGCGUAGGAAUCCACGUUUAAUAAAACGCGCGUGAAUUUCCUUCAUUUUCCUUUUCUUUCGUUCGUCUUUACGUGUCUUUACACGAUUCUUCGUGUUCUAUUGGCAGAAGAGAUACGAUUAGUCGAAUUUAAACGCGAGUCAAAUAUCAUAGCGAAUAGAAUAGGCGUGUGUAUAAAGGAAAUUAGCCGUUGGAGGAAAUCUUGUUAGCUUUAGGAAAGUCGAACAAUUAGGUUUAAAAUGAUCGAACGAGAUCGAUACGUCGUCGAUUAUCGUCAGUUGGCGCGUUUCCAAUCGAGCAGCGAUUUUUUUUUAUAAGAAUCGUCCCUCGCGUCCCAUAGUUGAAUUGCGUUAACUGGAGGGAUAGAAGAAGAAAACGAAGAAACAAAAAUUACGAAUUGCAGAUAAGUAUAGAUCGAGAUACGCAGAACGCUAAAAAUAAAAAGAAAAAAAAAUGGUCUAACUUUCCUGUAUAUUACGUAGCUAUGUAUAAGAAACAAACAUAAAAAAGAAAAAAAAUAAGAAAAAAAGAAAAAAGAAGAAAAUGGUCACUUCGAAACGAAAAGGGGGAAGAGAUAAUGAACUAUCGUUUGUUACUUAGAUAAUCGAGAACGUUGUUUUUUUUACAUUUUAUUAGUUUAUACGUUUAUGGCGGCCAUGUUGAUUUUGUUUAAGGAUCUACGACUCAUUCGAUGGGUUUUCACGUUGAACGGCCGGGCGCCCAGCGAUCUUCCGCCCUCGAGACCAUUCUCUCUCCCUAAAUUUCGAUCCUUUAACUUCAUCCUUUUAUAUAUAUAUAUAUAUAUUUCGCUCCCUUUUUCGAUAACUCGAAACGUACGACUGGUUUACCACAGAUGAAAACAGAGCCUCGUUUGCUCUCCUCGAUCCCCUUAAUACUUUUCCCUCCCUCUUUCGUUUCAAUUUCACAACGUUGGAAAUACUCCCGAAGGGUGGUCGAAAGCCAUGGGCGCCCGAAGUAGCCAGUGUAAAUACGUAAUUAAGUGGGAGAGAACGAGAGGGAGAGAGAGAAAAAAAGAGAAGAACGAGCCAUAUGCAGGUUCGUUCGUGAAAGUCUGUGAAAGAAUGGUACAGAACGUAAGCGAGAAAGAACGAAGUGUCUGUAAGAGAGGGAGAGAAUACGAGAAUGGAUGACAGCGUGAAAGAAGGGAGCGAAGGAAAAAAAAAAAGAAAGAAGAAAUAAAAUCUUCGUUUUUCUGGCGAUGCUGGUCGUUGCUGUCCAUCAAUAGCGGCCGUCCCACAAACAGAGAAGACCGCCCACCGUUUUCCCAAGGUAGUAUAGUCGAUCUUGUACCUUCUUUACGUUAUUUCGAUUUAAAAGUAUACUUAAUCCAUUCGUACGCCGGGAAGUAUAUUUAGGAGAUUUCUAUAUUGUCCCGUACAGGUUUUUAGCGAGGACCCCGUGAACCCCGUUGCCUGACGCCUUUCACGAACCAUUUUCUCGUCUUCGUUGCUCGAUCUCGCCACGAGAUUCUUUUCUCUUCGUCUGAUAGCGCGAGAAUAUGUACGAAGAAGGAGAAAAAGAAGGAGAAGGUUGUUUCGUCUUUUACGUGCUGCUUUUCUUUCACUUUUCUUCGUUCGUUCGAGAAAUGUUCGAGGCUGUUACGGUGGCGGGCUUCAUUUAACCGAGCACACACUAUACGACGAUUUAAUCUAUGAGAAUAUCAGCGAGUGAGAGUAAGACGUGGGAUCGGAGCGAACGAACCAGAAGGGAGAGAAAGAGGUGCACAAAUUGCUGAAAACGUUUUCUGUGUACGAGUGCAAGGGGCGAGAAAGAACGAGAGACAUAGAGGGAUUAAAAAGGGAAAAAGUAAAAAGAAAAAAAAAAAAGAAAAAAAGGAAAAAAUAGAGAAGAAUGGGAUAAGAAUAUUUGUACAAGAGAACGCGCUAGUUCUCUGAAUGCACACGUGUAUUCGGGGAUAAAAAGAAGUACAUUAUGUCCGCGUGGAACACUUCCUUUUUGGGUAGCCGAAUACGACGAGCCGAAGAGUGCGUUAUCAUCACCGUCGUCCGAUUUUGCCACGCGACGAAACCGCGUUUCUCGUUCAGUUUUCUUCGUUUCCUUUUUAUCGUUCGCUUUUGUCGUGUCGCGAGCAAGCCUCUUUGCGUCUAAGCAGUCGAGAGACACAGACGAACACACACAGACGGGAACGAACAGAGGAGAAGACGGAGUUGUUGGAGGAUCGUCUCUCGUUACGUUUUUCUCAGAGUGCCAAAUAGCGGGAAGAAAGAUUGUGAGAGAAUGGAAGGGAAAUAAGAAAAACAAGUAACUGCGAGUCUGUGAAUCUUUCCCAUAGAUGUUUUUCGGUUGUUCGAAACCCGAUUUUCUUAGCUUCCUCGCUUUUCAUCUGGUUAUCAAGGGUACGCUUCCGUUUAUAAGUCGCAGGAUAUUUGCUAACUUUAAACAAUUCUGAUAAAGUAAAUUCGGAGUAAAAUCCUCAAAAAAAAAAAAAGAAAAAAGAAAUAGUAUAAUUUAUAACUUUCCGUGUAAAACACACGGAUUACACACAUUGAUAAGUAUCAGCUUUUUUUUUCUUACAAACGAGCCGCAAGAAAACGUGGCGAAUUAAGUUUUGGAAGCUUUAGUUCCAAUUUUUCAAACGUUAGUCGCGUUUGGAUCGUGAUUGGAUUUCUUUUUUGCAUUAUUCGAAACGCAUAAAAAUUUCGUAAUUCAAUAAUUUGAUUAGAAAAAAUUCCGAAUGAUUUCAAAUCGAUCGAUUAAUAAAUCCUGGACGAACAGGAACAAAUUUUAGAUAGCAAGUUCAAGUAUCUUCUCUAUACAUUCGUUUGUAAAAACAAAAUAUUUUUUCGUAAAUCUUUUGCCCGAAAGUUCUUCGUUCAUUCGCGUUUAUUCCGCGAUUUCAUCAGGUAUUCUACGAUAUACCAAAUAUUCCGUGACUUAUAAGCACCGACAUACGCAUGUAUGGUCGUAAAAGCUACAUCGAAGCGUAGCCCAAACACGCAUAGAAAUUUCGUGCUCGAUUUUAGCAAUUAGAAAUAAUCUCGGAGCUGUGGUGGUUGAUAUAUUCGUUUUUAUUACUUCUUUGUUCAUACCCAGUGAUUCUAGACGUAUAACUAAAUAACAAAAUGCUACACGUGUGUGCGAUUCGUUCCUCGUUUCGGUUCAAACGCGAGAAGCUCGCGUGAUGCUCGCGUGUGCGACGAUCCUGCGCGCACACGUUCUAGGAACUUUCUGUUCCUGCGUGUUUUCCGCGCGCGUCUUUCGAGCGUGGAAAGCGCCAAACGAAAGAAAUAUGAAACUUCUCUUCGCGCCACGAAGCGCGCGAGCGCGCCUACUUUUUGUACUCCCUACCGUUUUCAAUUUUCGCUACGUGGUUCGCGUCGUUGAACACCAUAGGUGCCCCGCGAUACGUAUAUCGGGAGAUUCAUCGGCUCACUUUUAGUUCCUAUCGCGACUCGAUCGACGGAGGAACGAAGGAAACAGUGGUGGAAUUCCUCUUCGCGAGAAGCCGAUCGCAACGCGUGUCCCUUCGAUCGAUCGUCGCCUUCGAGAUUUCAUCGAGAUCGCGAGAUCGACCGAGUUCUCUUUCCUCUUGGUUCGUGGUGAAUUUUUAAAAAUGCCGAACCGAGAAUCAUAGUAACCGUAGAUCGAGAUUCCACGCUGUGCUUUUGUUUCUUUUUAUACUUACGAAACGAAUAAAAAGUUCCACGGUAAUUCAAUUAUUCGACGGGGUAAUACACUCAGUACCUGUGUAUGGGUAUUAAAAACAAAUUGGUGAAUAGCACCGUGUAAAUUUGACGAAAAUUAUUUCUGUUACAAUUUUUAAACGUGUCAUUCCUUUAGUUUCGUAAUUAAUUCGAUCGAAAUUUUACAUCCUUACCACGAUGUAGUUUCAUGACUCGAGAAACGUAUAAUGAACUUCUCACAACGAUAAACGCAGAACGUUAUUUUAUGAAAACUAACAAACGCAGUGAUACACCACCAUGAUUCUCAACCUUAGAUACGCAGAUCCAUAGGCGAAGAACGUAAUUAUAGUAAACUAAGAUAUUCGACGAACUGAGUAACUCGCUAUCUAAUGAUAAAGUAGUAAUCGGCGCAACUAAUUGGCUUCGAUAUGUUAUCACGUGGAACUAAUUAAAAAAAAACAAAGCAAAAAAGAUAAAAAAAGGAGUUCUACCGCUUUUAUACGAUUCGUAGGAAUUACUGGAAGAAACAAACGCUACGAACUCACGUUCGAAAUAAUGCGACUCGAUUCGUGAUCUAUCUCGUUCAACUACACGCGAUCUAUGAAAGAGAGUCGGCAUCGAUCGAUCGUGGAAAGGACCGCGACGUUCGAGGCACCUGAUUCGAUUUGUAAAAAAGAUUUCGCGUCGACGUACCUAUAUGUAGAAUGUUUAAGGGAAGAAACUGCAUGGAGGAAUCGUAGCAAGCAACUUGGAGAAAAUAUUCUGCAACUUGCAACGGGAGUAAGAACGAUAAAUGGAGAAAAGGAAGGAACGGUAGUAAGAGCGCGAUUAGUUUCUGUAUGGUGCGCCGACGCAUAAUGACGCACUCGCUCUGUAGUUGCUUAAGGCUAAACAUUAAAGCUAGGCUAAACCUUUUUUAUUCCCCGAGUAAAAGUCGCUGUAACGAUUUUCUACUUUCGCAUGAUGCUCGGUGACGCUCGUCGACGAACGGAGGGCGGUUUCAGGUAGGGAGGAAACGACGUACGUUCGCGACGAUCGCCUUCUCCUCGACUACACGAAACUACACGCAAUUUUUCUCCCGUUGACGAAUCUACCUCGAUCCACGCGACCCCGGGAGCAGAGAAUUCUUUGGUCGUGCCGGGAACUUGUUUCUUUCUCGCGGCUAGCCGAUGCAAUAAUCGUUGGAAGAUCGAGGAAAGAAAAUCCGGUUGCCUGCUGACGAAGCGUUCUUCGCCGCGACGAUUCGAAUCUUCCCCCGCGAUCCGUUCGUACAGCGACGUCCAUCGAGCGAACGAUUUUCUAUGUCGGUGUUUUUUAUAGAAAGAGUACGACGAGUGAAACAGAGAAACGCGUGCAUGAACACGGUCGAGACUGUUCGAAACGAAAGACCAUCCACAAAGGUGUUUCAAAAGUGUGGAGAAGGAAGAAACGUUUCUCGCUCGUGUUCACGGGUUUCUCUGAAUCUCGUCGAUUUGUCGUAAUCGUGUCCGUGGAUUCUUCUAAUGAUAAUUAAUCGAAUAGCACAUCUAUAUGGCACGUUGAGGGGAUGGGAUUAAGGGUUGUAUGUGGUUGGGGAAUUAUACACAACAAAGGGGGGAGGGGGGCUAACAAUGAAGCAAACGCGAGAAAUGAAAUUCUUUUUGCGAAGGUCUCGAGGAUGGGAAUUAAAGGAGAGAGGUUAUGAAUGGUUGAACUAUGAAUAGAGUUUAGCAUAUAGUCAUUAUGAAGGGUAAGAGGUGAUGUAACGAAGGAGGAGAGGUUUUGAAAUCAUCGAUAAAUAUGUAAGUUUAUUGGAAAACCACGGUUUUCAGAUUCUAGUUAAGAGAACUUUCUUCGUUUCGCCCGUCGACUGGCCAGCCGGUCGACGCCCAAAGAGAUAUCCUUGAAUUUCGUUGAAUAUUUUAGAGACUCGGCUCUAACUCGGUUAUCGCUCGUCGCUCGAUGCCGCGAAUUCUUCUUCUCGAUCGUUUCAAACAGCGGAAUUAAGAAAAUCGUUGUAUCGUCUUCUAUCGAACAGGGGAACCGAAGAAGAACGAACGAAUGAAUUUUCCGCGAGAAGAGAAAGAAGAGAAACGCGAGAGAAACGAAAGACGAAGAGAAGUCGUAUCGUCGAGCGAUCGAGAAUCGUUCUAGUGAUAGGCUACUGUGUCGUAUUUGUGGAUGCUCGACAGAGGAAUAGAAGAAAGAAUGGUGGUGAGAAAGAAACGAGAAGAAAAAAGAAUUUUAUCCUGCAAUUUAUAUAUCGGUUGUUCUUCGAGACGUUCUUUUUCACGCGGACAUUCACGCGAUUUAAAAUAAUCUAAUAAGAAGAUGAAGUAUAUAUAUAUAUAUUAUAUAUGAAAAUAAAUAUGAAAUAUUAUAUAUGAAUUCUACGUUUAAGGAUCGGUUUUUUGUCUCUUAGUGUGUAAGGUUCUCUUUACAGCUGUGCUAGACAACUAUAGGUAUACAUAAACGACGAUAUAUUAUAUAUACAUAAACGACAUUACACUACGGUAACAGAAUUCACGCAUAUUAAAUGUAUAAAGAAGCAGAAUAAACGCGGUACGAGGUCUGCGUGCGGGAAUCGCUCGUACGAGACGCUCGUACGGCUCUCCUUAGGAAUAUAAAGAAAAAAAAAAAAAAAACACGUCUUGUAUAUCUAUUUAGUGAUUAAACUACGUACAACGUUUCAUAUGGAAACGAGAGGUGGACGCGUGAGAGGAUCGGGUGGCGAUUUACCAAACACGUACGAUGGUCCUUCGUUUUUCUCUUCCUUUUUCAGUCUUUUAAUCUUCUCGGUGUACUUUCAAACGAGACGACAGAAAAAAUACGAAGUACGAGAGACAAUAAGAGUACCUCUGCAAUCGUCCAUGGUUCGGCUGAAGGAGAAUUAAUAAAAAGAAAAAGAAAUAAUAUACAAAUUCUAAAACAUGAAAUAAUAAACUAAGAAGUAGAUGGGAGAAAGGAAAACAAUUGAAAGUUCUGAGAAAGAUCGAAAUUAAAGAGAAUCACACAUAGGGGAACAACGUGCGUGUUUGAUAGGAGAAAAUCGUCACACGAUCUUUCACUGUAGUCGGUUUUUUUUUUUUUUACGUCUGUGACAUACACUCACCCACUCACACAUACACGCACACACGUGCGUACAUAGGUAUACCGAUACACUGGGACGAAUACGCGCGCCGCGCGAACCAACACUACACACCUAAUAUAUAUACAAGGACAGCAGAUACACCAACGCAUAAGUACACGUACAUACACAUUUAUACAAAUGUACACAGGUGAUGUUCUUUCAGUAGUCGCAAUUAUAAAUCGCCGAGCCGCGUGGAUCGUGAUCAGAAACGCGUUCGAGCUUUUCUUACAGCACCUCCUCGUUAACGUUUCAUCGAGCACACCGGCUCGCUCGUUAGUCCAUUUUUAAUUUCAUUCCCCUUUCUGCCGACGCGACGUCGAGAGUCCUUCCGUGCGACCACCCUUCCUUCUUUUUUUUCUUUUUUUUUUUUAAUUCGUCGAGAUAUUUUCGAUUCCUCGAAACCUCUACGUUUUACACUCCCGUUCUUCGUUUAAACGGGCAACCAAUUAAUUGACGUUUCGUUGCAAUUGUUGAUCGCCCGAUUCAGUGGUCCUCGCGAAAGUCCCUUUAAUUAAAAAAUUUUAUUUUGUUUUUACCAUCGAUGGAUACGAGUUGCUUUUAAGUUAGGAAGGAAUAUUUUGCAAAGUCGUACGGAGGACACGAGGUGGUAGAAAGGGGUGCACGCGAAAUGGUGAUACUUUUUUGUGAUCGAUACAAGAAAUCGACGCCCUCCAGCGUCGAGCCGCGGUUAAAUAGAACGCUCGAUUUAUCGUACCGAACGAUUGGAAUAAAACAGUGAACGACGAUCCAUCGACGCAUCUUUGAACACUUUUUUCCAAUCGUUUAAACAUCGUAGCCGUAUCGCUUUAGUUUACUUCCGAGCAGAUUUCAUUUAAUUUUCGCUUCUGCAUAGAAUAAUAUCGUAAGUCUACAACGAGAUGUACUACUCCUUUGAUUUAUUCCUCGACUCAUCGUACGACGACGUCCGUUUGCCCGGCGUCGAUGAUCGCUCGUAGUCGAGUACGAUUUAUCGCUAUCGCAUCGUAGGUUUCUUAGAGAUAUUUUUAAUUAGUUUCCAAUCACAGCGGCGAACGAACUAACGACGCGGCAGCUGUCGCGCGAAUUUCAAACUCGUUCAGCAUCUCGAAUCUGUACGGUGAUUGAUUUUUCUUUUCUUUGCCGCUCCGUUCGCGAACGACAGAUCGAUGAGUCCAUUGUGCAGAGAAUAACACGAUUCUCCUUUCUAUCUUAUUUUUUCUCUUUGAUUUUCGUUUGGCGAUCCUGUUGUCCAUUGAGCCGAACGCGCCACGGCUCGAUCGUGAUUGUUCGACGUUUUAGGUACCAUUUAACACGCGUUUCUAAAUUAGGUUCCAUCGACUAUGAACAUUCGUCUGGCGUCUAGUUUUAGUCGCGAGAGUCGCGGGUACGUCUCUGAGGGUUUUUCUUCGAAAUUGAUCGAAGUAAGGCGGCGAGAUUCAUGAAAAACUACGGAUACCUUAAUUACCUCAAGUUAUUAAUUAAAUUAUUAGAAGGCGCGUUGUGUAUCGUCCAUCGGGUUGUACAAGAUGUUGGUCAAAGUUUGAUCGACGUGCCCGCGGGGUCGAGCGUUUUUCUCGUUUUCCAGCCCGGUUAUUUUCAGGCGCAGAGACGUGGAAAGAGCGAGGGUAUGAAUGGGAGCAGAACGAACGAGAGCGAAAGACGUUAGAGCGAUUCGAUGCACGACGAGAAUGCAGCGUGAGAGAGGGUUGAACGUUAAAUGGAGAGAUAAAGAGAAUAGUAAAAAAAAGAAAAGAAAAAAAAUACUGAAAAGAGGAGAAAGAAAAAGAAGCAUUUAACCGAAUCGCGCCACUUGUCUAUCGACAGAACGCGACCUUAUCGAAAGACGUACAAAGUGAGAAAGAUGGAGAGGAAAAAAAGAUAAUAUUAACGCGAACGUGGAACCGGAAGGGCGUCGUUCCAUGAUCCGGGGAAACUGAAUCGAGACGACAAGCAAGGAAGACGCGAUUGGUUAUACAUAAUCCUCCCCCUGUGGAAAAAAUCCUUUCGGUUUCGCGUGUGUCGAGCCCCGAUUAAGUUUGACAGAUUAUAAAUCUCACUCCCUCCCUUUUUGCAAACGCUGAUUCAGAGGCCACUGUUUUUUCCACGCCCAACACGACGAUGAAAAGAGAACGAUGAGCGAGAGUGAAAGAAAGAGAAAGAGAGAGAGAGAGAGAGCGAGAGAGAAAGAGAGCGCGCGUAUUAGGGAAAAUGAAGAAGAUAAAAAAAGAUUGAUUAUGCCAUGGAGAUCUCCUGUAAUUGAUGCGUGUAAUUUAAAAUGUACAUUGCCCAAAAAUAUGGUGUUGUUAUAAUACUGAAACGUGUUACGGACGACGAAGAAAUUUUAUCGAGUGCGCUACUGGAGAGCGAUUUUGUUUUUUCUCGCGGACGGCGUUUACGUUGACCCUGUUCUUCGCGCCUUGUCUCUCGACGCGAUUAUAAUAAUCCUACCGUUGAUCCUUACAAAAAACAAAAAAAGAAAAAAGAAAAAGAAAAAAAAAGAGAAAAAAAGCGAGAAAGAAAGAAAGUUUAUUAUCGAAAUAACGAGGGCUUAGGAAAAGUAGAAAGAAGAGAGGAUUAAAAAGAAAAAAAAAAAUAAAGAAAGUGGGAAGACAGAGAAGAGAGAUCGAAAGAUGAAAAGCGGAAGGUUUUUUUACUUCUAGAGAGAUUACACUACGUACCUAUUCGAAACAAGCCACACACCCCCUCUUUCGUCCAGUCACGGACGUGUCCCAGCGAAAAGAAAUCUUUGGCGCGUUUUUUAGAGAAAGAUUUUUAUAUCGAGAGGUUGAUCGGGAGGCAAGGCCGACGAUCGCCGACCACGCAAAUAAUACACACACCGGCUGUCUUUCACACUCUAAGAAAGAACCGGGCUCCCAGCGAAUCGAGCGGGAUCUACGAUUUUUCACGGUGAACUGACGGAAUAUGUCGUACGGUGGUGGAAGCGUGUAUAUCGGGUGCCAAAUCACGUUGAACGGGUUGCUGUUGGAAAUAUCACUUUUCGAAGCUAUUGCGAACAACUUCUUGAACCUACAGUCCAAAUUUGCUCAACCACAAAAAGGAAAAACGUAUAUCGAGCAUUCUCUUCUUUGGCCCUCUAACGAAUAUAUAUAUAUGUGUAUAUCGUGAAGGCAAUUUCUCAAGAAGCUGGUGUUUCCCCUCUGUAGACGAAUCUCGGAAGGAGCUCGGAAAGACCUGAAAGUUCACUAAUCCUGGGAGCCCGGCCAUUAUCGAGUCGAUUGGAGAUAGGUUGGCUAAGGUACAAAUGUACAUAGGAACAUAAUGUUGUUAUUUAACCUAUAACACCUGCUUCUCGUUUGCUUUCUCUUGUUUUAAAAUUUAAAAAAAAAAAAAAAGAGAGAUCAUAUAAGCUAUAACUUUCAAAAAAUGAUCAAAGGUAUCGACAUAUUGUACAAUAUACCUUUUACACGAAGAGAACGAAAUGAAAUAAAAAUAAAGGAAAUAAUUAAAAAGCUUAAAAAUUCAGAGGACAGAGGUUUCGACAUUUCGCGGUUUCUUCUAAGAACGAGAUGGAGCAAACGAAUGAAAACUCAAAACAGAAAAAAGAGAGACGGAGACAGAGAGAAAGAGAGAGAAAGGUGGAUAUGCAAAUCGAUAUCGCGGAUGGAGGAUCGAUAAGUUAAUCGACGUGUAGCUGCGUAGACAAUUGGUUCACGGCUCUUCGCGUUUCACCUUGGUUCCGUUCGUUCGUUAGAAUCGAAUCGUCGUUGGUCCUCCCAGUUUCCAUUUAUUCCCUUUCAUCCGUGUCUUCGUUUCGUUUCAAGCACCGCGCGCGGAUGGCCCGGUUUUUACGAGCCGUGAUCCAAUCGAUCGCAAGGAGAGAGCAAGAGAGCGAAUGAGUCUCGUUAUGGUGGGAAUGAAAGCAACGAAAAAUUCCAUAGAGAAGAGAGAACGAAAGAACACAGAAAAUACAUAUACACGUACAGAUACAUAAACUCGUACACGGCUUCUAUUACUCGUCGCGAACGACGGUUCGAUUUUCGCUUCGUUUUCGUUUUCCAUUCUCUGCGUUAUGGCGUCUUCAUCUAGAUUCUCUCGACUCAGGACUAGUGACUGGCGUUCGAUUUUUACCCUCGUGCCACCGUUCCGCGCUAAUGUCCCCCUCGAGUGUCUUCUGGAAGCUCGACGUAUUUAAAAAGGGAGAAAAUCUUCGAAUACAAACUCUUCCAUCGAGAAUGAGAUUUCUUUGAAAUCCACGACUCCAAGACUCUACAACGGUUCUUGUAUUCUGUUACACGGAUACAACGACGCAAGGAUAUUCUCGCUUUUUUGUUUUUUUUCUUUGAAAGUUUGCUUUUCACCAAUGGACACUCGAGGAACGUGACGAAGGUGCGGUGAAGCACGAGCAAGAAAAGCAAAGAGAUAUUUGGAUGAAGCAAGAUAAUGGAUACGCGCGUGCAACGAUCGUAAUUAAGCUUUCACAGUGGAGACGCGUAAUUAAUCGUUAGUUGGUAGGCCGCCCCGAAGUAUCGAAACCCGUUUACAGGCAAUUUCCUCAAGGGGUAAACCAAUGUGUCUGAAUGGCGUGUGGAUGUGCUAUAAUCACCUACUACUCCCUUCCCCUACGUACAUUUAAUCGCGUUUUACUCUGUGUGUGUAUACAUAUAGUCUUACGUAUAUACAUGUAUGUAAUCGUGUGUAUCGCUAACCAAUUCCCUUGUUAGUAGUACUUUCCUCUGCCGUGUCUCUAAGUAUAGUCCUCUCGGCAGAGUUCUUCGCACCAACGUAGAGAAAUACUCUGAAAAUUCUCUCCUCGAUCGUGAUCGAUGUUUUCGAUGAUAAUUCGUCGUUUGUUCUUAAUCGUAGAGCCGUAGAAUCGCAAUAAAGUAGCAGAGUCGAAGCGGAGAGAAUAAAUAUCGAAGAGAACAUCGAUUUUUUCUUCGAAUCGGCGAUCGAAGAUUCGAAGCGUGAAGCUGACACGAGCGAAAUUUUCAGAGUGAAGACGAAGCACCAAGCGUAAGCUUGCACGUGUGUAUUUGUAAUACGGUUUUUCCAGCGUAUACGUCACGACACCUUGCGUGUGUAAGACUGCGACAUACAUUUUGCACUCGGUUGUAAGAGAAAGAGAGAGAAAGAGAGGCGACAGUGCGGAAAUAUCACCGUGGAAUAUCGACACCAAUUCAGCGACGUGUAUUUUUUGUUUCCUUUCGGUAGUUCCGUUUUUACGCGCGCGGAUAGUCGCGUGGAUCCGAACAGCGAGCUCGUUUCAUAGGAUACUCGGCGUUUUUCUAUCGGUCAUUGAGUAAAGUCAUUUGAAAGAAUACGACGAUGGACAGAAAAAGUAAAGAGAGAAGCGAGAGGCCGGAGAGUCUUCCGCGUGAAAACGAUAAGCAAUCUCCUUUUUUUAUAUCGGUGAGAAAAAAUUGUAAUAAUUACCGUAAUCUACGUGUCGUGUUUAGGGUAGUCUUUUUUAUACGUAUUUCGAAAAGAAACAAGAAUCGUCGAAUCGAAUAAUCGAUAAAUGACACCGCGUGUGAUCGAGGAUCUCGUAACGAUUUUUGGUUACAGUGAAUCGUAAUUCGAAGUGGGGGCAUUUUUAUUCGGCUGUGUUUAUUAAGCGGGGGGUUAAGAAAAGGAAAUUCUGAGAGAAAAGUAAAAAAGAAAAAAAAAAAAAGAAACGAAAAAAACUUCGCGUACUAUUCGGAUAAGGCUUUCGAAAUUUAGAUGAAUAAUUUUUGUACCCUAUUUUUUUAAGCGAUCGCCGAGGCGAUCAGGAAACGAGAUCGGGCAAAAAGGGUCGUACGUUCUUUAAAACGCGCUAGGAUUUAUAGCUCGUGUUAAGUUUAGUUUAAGCGUAUAACCGCGUCGCGUAACAUAAAUUAGUAGCUGUUGACAAGAGGAGAAAGAGAAAGAGAUACGAAUGAAAAAGAAGAUUGGAAACUUGACAAGGAGGGAGGAAAAAAGAUAAACAUCUUCUUAAAAAGAAGUUAAAAGACACGCCACAGGAAAGCAGAAGAAGAAGAGGAAGAGGAAGAAGAAGACGAGAAAGAUGCUUUCGAGAUCUUUCGAGAAAAACUUUGAUCGAGGUGUUCGCCUCUGUUUAGCCCUUUCACACGUGCGAUCGAACUUUUCGAUUCGUCCGCGUGACGAGGAUGAGAAGGAGGUUCCCUUUGAAACGGAAAAGGGUGGCGAAGAGGAGAAACGACCAUCGAAUUCGCGUAUUUCUUCAAGAAAUUAGAAACAGUUAACACGCUUACGCUCCUCGAGUCGAAUAACUCACCGAAUUCAUUCUGAAAUUGAACGAAGGAUAAUACGAAAACAAGCACAAUGCGUAUUUCGUGGCGAGAAAAAGAGAGAGAGAGAGAGAGAGUGAGAGAGAGAAAGAGAGGGAGAGAGAGUGAGAGAGAAAGAAGAAUGAAGUUGAACGAAUUCUGUGGAAAAACGAGUACCAAUCGCGAAGCCCGCGUUUUCUUCUAGUUGUAUAAUUCUUCUAACGCGUGUUUAGCUUGUACUAAUUAAUUCGUUAAUUAAUGUCGAUUGUAAAGUAACGUGAAGGCCGGAAGGAGGGGAAUGACCGAUCGGAGGGCAUAUAGAAAGGAAUGGAAAAACGGAUCUAAAAUCAGGAAAAUGGAAGAGUGGCGAAGGAGGAAAAAAAUGUUUAAAAAAACGAGUAAUAAGGAAUCAUAGUAAAACACAAGCAUUCUUGUGCAUUGCGAAAGCAACAAAAUAAUCAAUGCUGGUAGUGCGGACCAAACGGGACAACUGACAGAGGGUGCUUCAAAGCAAGGAUAACGAAGAGGAAAGAAAGUGAAGGAGAAAAAGGGAUAAAAUGGGACGAAGACUUGUCGAGGCAUGGGAAAUUGAGGAAAUUGAGAAGAGGAGGGAAAGAAAGAGAGAUGCGAGAUUCGUAAAAUUGCCGCUCCAUCGGAAAUCAACGUCUAGAAGACUCGUUCGUAGUGGUUAAAAAAAGAAAACAUUUUUCCACGAAGCGUGUGUUUCUCUCGAGCGAUUUUCACGAAAAUAUUCUAACGAGUCGUUUCAAUUUAGUCCCGUUGCCUCUACUGUCCUCUUUCUUUCGUCGUCAAAACUUUUUCAUACUAUCGACGUAUUCAAGUAUCGAGUAAAGAUUUCGAUUUUUAAACCGGAUGAAACGACUCGAGAGAAAAAGACGCUUCGGAGAUCCAUGAUUGGCUACGUGGUAUUCGAAAGCGAUACACCAUUCUUAACGUUUAAGGCUUGUACGAAAUUCUUCUAUCGGACUCAGUGCGUUUGUCUGUCAGGGUAAGCUCGCUGUCUCGUUGACGGGAAUAUUUCUGUAUCGAUGUACGUGAAAUGUAUAAGGAAGAACGCGGUCAUUCGUCGUACGAAACUUCUCCCUUCAGAGAUUAGGAUGUCUCGCGUAUUUCUUUUAAACGUUUGUUUUUUUUUUUUUUUGUUAAAUUCAAUCGUCUGACUCUUUAGAACAGAUCGCUUUUUAUUUAUAAUGUGCUCAAGACGGUGAUAAACGAUGAAGCAGCGCCGAAAGAAUCUAUCGCGGUUCGUUUCUUUCUUUUAGAUUCUCGUUAAGGAGAAAAAUGGAAUAAAGAACGUUAACAUUUUCUGGUAUUCGUAAAGGAGAAAUUUGAUCGAAUCGUUGGUUUAAACGCGAUAAACGGUCGGAUAUGUAAGAAAGAAAGAUGAAAUUUACGCGAGACUUUGCCAAGGAAAUGUUCGACGAAGGAAGAAGCAAUCGUAACGACGUUUCGAUCGAUUAUCCUUCGAACUAACGCGCGUUCGAUAUAUAAUGCAAUAUAUACACGCAGUUAAUUGUAUUAAGACGUACGUAACUAUAAUCGCUAUUUGCUGUUUCGAUCGUAGAGAUUAGACGAGAUAUAUCCCACCUGCCUGUAUCGCCCGCGCAACCUUCGCGAAGAUGAUAAUCCUUUCUCGAGGAGGAAGAGAAGAGCCCAGGCGCUUCUAAGCGGCGAGACUCGUGUAUACAUAACUCGUAGGUUACCCUUUGCUCGUAGUAAUUAAAUACUCGAUCGAAGCUAUCCCCCAUUUCUUCGUGUAGCUUGCGAAUAGCUGAAAAACCUCGGCGCGUUCACGUCGCGAUAAAUCAAUCAGCGAUGAAAAGAGAAAGAAAUCGUCCGAUCGAUCGUUGCUUGGAAUUAAAGAACGAGUCGAAGCGAUUUAAUCGAGCGAAAAGAUUUUAUUCCUGAAAGGAGCAGUGAAAGACGAGAACGACUUGAAUGCGCCGCCGCGGUGAUCAGCGAUCUCGAAUGAGUGGCGAAUGAGUGUGAAAAACGAAAGGAUCUUAACCCAUCGGUGAAUUUGCAGCCCGCCAAGAAUAAAAUACAAAGGAGAAGAAUGGUAUACACUGGUUCACGAAAGUCUUUGAUCAUUCACCGUAAAACUUUUUACGUCUAUAUCGCGUGUGUUACGCACGACAUUUUAAAAUUUCAUUGCCAUCGUUGCGACGAUGUUGGCAAAGCUCGAGACCAAUUUGAACGAUGUAUAUAAAAAUUACGAAAUAUUUAUUGCAAACGUACGUUUCGUGGAAAAUUAGUAUUCGAAUACUUUCGUGUACCCGUGUAUACGUAUAGAAAGCUCCGUUGACGAAAUCGUAUUCCGGAAGCCCUUGUCCGAACGAAUUCUCGUUGGCCAAUGGACCAACGCUAUAGCUUUCCUUUCCGUUCCACCGCGUUCUACACCUUUUUUUCGACACGGGAGAACAAAGAGGGAGAAAGAGAGGAGAAAGAAAAGAUAUGGUGACGAUGGCGAGCGAAAGAGUGAAGGGAAACGAAAUCCGAUGCCCGUUGGUCGCCGACCACGAGGAGAGAAACAUCGACUCGAGCCACUUUGUGUAAAACGCUGCCUCCGGUUCAAGAGUGACGAUCAUUGCAUUACAAAUGAAGAACGUCGGAGAAAGAGACACGAGUCGCAAGGACGGAAGCUGCGAGCCGGAAAACAGAAGGGGGACAUAUACCUUUAUUUUGAAUCGUUGCUUCGAGGAGCGUUCGUCCAUCCUUCCUCGACACUAUUUAAUUUAAUUGGCAGACGUCUCGAGUGCUGUGCAAAUGGAGAAAAAGGAAAAAAAAAAGAAAGAAAAAGGAAAAAAAAAGUAAAAGAGAAAAGGAAGAGCCUGGACUCGCGAGCAGAGGGAACAAAGACUAGCUGUUUUCCUUUUUAUCGCGAAGAACGGAAACGGAGAAGCGAAAAAAGGGAUUCGUCCGUUUAUACGGCAGGACAAUGAAUAAAAGAAUAUGCCGGUCCGCGAUUGUGAGCUUUAAUUGAACGCCACGUUCUUGCAACGAUGGUCCUCGUUCUUCGUGGUCGGCCGUGGCAACGGAGGAGCGUUUCGUUUGGUCGACCUGGCUGUCUCCCGCUCGAUGAAUUCGGAGCUAAUUUACCGAUAUUCGAGCGGUUCGAAGUGGAUAUCGACGAGUUGAAAAAUCUGGCAGAGCUACCGCGUCGAUCGAUUAUCGUUUAUCGAUGAGAGGAUUCGCGGUGAAAAUUGCUCGGAAUUCGAUGGCGAGAGACAGAGUCCGAGGUCUUCUCUAUACCUCCCCUAUGAGAGUACAAAUUUUUCUAACAAAAGUAAUUAUAUUCGAGCGACGAAUGGAAUAUUGACGCAAGGAGGCAGCAACAAGGAAGACGACGCGAGACAGAAGAGAGAAACGAGUGACCGUCAGAUCGAUCGUAGAUUAGUGUAAAUGAGAAUUUGCGUGUGUGAGUUUACGAGAAAGGGCGGAGGAAAUCGGUAUGCUUGCUCGAGCGAAAAAUAAUACGGCGUGAGAGAGCGAAAGAAACGUGAGAAUGCGCAACGAGAAAAGGAAAAGGUAAUAUUAAGAGGAAGAGAGUAAACGUUUAACGAUGUUUUCCCCUGGUGGUAUGAGUAUAUUACGACGAUCUAAAAUUAACAAAUGAUCUAUUAUAUUAUAUGGUGUAUGUACCGUAUACUUAUCUAGAGUUAGGUCUCAUUUCUAACGUGUUACGUAUUAAACGAGGUACGAUACGUAUAACAUAUAUUAUUGUAUACACUUAACGAGCAUACGCAUACCUGUACGUUAACGAUCUAGACUGCCAUUAGCACUUAAGGCGCGGCUUCGCCCGAUUUAUCUCGAUUUAGCCCGAAUUCUCUCAGGUAUGGCGUCCCAGGGAUUGCUCGUUACGCGCGCCAUGGGAACCGAGUUUCUUCCAACUUGCAUACGGCGUUCUAUUCGAAACCAAAGACUGCGAAAAUCAUCCGAAAUGUCAGAAAUUGUUCGAUCUGUAACGUUUUAUCGAAACCGAUGUGUCGGGACCGCGAGGACAUCAGAAUAUCGAGAAAUUGGGAUUUCCCUGGUCACGAUUCGAACUCGAAGAAGAAUCCCACGACGAUGUCCCGAGGCGAAGUAAAAAGUCUAGCGACGACGCUCUCGAGAAAGCGAGGAGAGAGGUCAAGCGGCUGGAAAUAUCGAAAACUUGAACCCAACUCGAAGGUUUCCAGGGCCAACGUAAUUCUCAAUCCCUGCGACGUACGAAGCAAGUUUCGAACGUCUUCGUCCCCCACGGUUUGGCAAACGAAAAAAAAGAAAGAUAAAAAGAAAGAAAGAUAAGAAAAAAGAGGAAAAAAGAAACAACCACGGGGGAAGAGAUACGAUGGUAGCCGGUUUCGCGAAAUUCUCUCGAAACGAUCUACCAGGCUAGUGUCUUAAGUGAGAUUGGUACACGGUAAUGUCGCCGCGGAUAGAAGGAAGGACAGUGUGCAUCGAAACGACAGGAUGGUCUAUAGUCGUGUGUAUAGGAAAAGCAAGCUUCGAGGAUGACGAACUCGAUAAUCGUAGCUAGAAUUCGGUGUGUCUAUUUGCAUGCAGUUCCGCUCCGUAGGGAUAUAAAAACACGAACGUUUCCGAUUUUUAAUCUUGCUCUAUCUAUUCGGAAAUGAACGCUCUGUUCUCUAUAGGCGAGCGUUUUUCUAUAGGUGUGUCUCCUUUUCGCCUGCUCGGGGCGUAUUAUUCUCACGAGAGUCUGUAAAUAGUUCUUAUUAACUACACGCGUAAUCGUACGAACUUUAACGAUAUACGAUUAAUCAACAAGCAAACAACACACGUACACGUACAUUCAUUCAUGCAUCAGUUGUUCAUAUACGCAUCAAUCAACGUCUACUUUACUGACCGACAAUUUUUAACCAAUUGCGAUUCCCUUUUCACACCGAUACAGUUGCAGAAUCACGAGUAAUCCCGUGCGACUUGCUCGGUCGUAUUUUCUACCAAUUUAGCAAUAAAACGAAUGAAAGCAAAAGAAACAAACGUGGACGCGUAGUUUGUCUUUCGAGCAAAUUCUCGCUGUAUCGAGGAAGCAGAGCGAAAAGCCGUCUGGCCUGAUCAAACUCCGAAAACGCAAAAUUUUUCGUAUAAUUGUUUUCGUUGGAGCAGCAAGACAGUCGACGAUGCGAAUGUGUACUCUUGCUGCAUCUUAUUUCGACGAAAUCGCGGCUCUCGGUCAAAUAAAAUGAGAAACACGAAGGACGCUUUGAUCACAAUGUGGCGAAUAAACUCUAACCUCGUGAGCGGGCACGAAGACUCGAGGGACAGCUUGCGGUGGUCCACGCGCCCAACUGCCGACCAAUAAGACUCGAGAAACAUAAUUGUUCCAGCCUUCGAUUUUUAUGACGCGUUUUUUCGACGCCUUUUUAUAUCUCCGAUUUAUCAGACUGAUCUUUAGUAGAUGAGCUAAAUAAUCGUAGAAAAAUAUGUCGAAGGGCAGGUCGUUUGGAUCAAGAAUCGUGUGAAAGUGAAAUUAAUGAAUUCUAAUAAUACUUCGUGAUUUUAUAUAACGAGGAAAAUAUGCUUGCUCGACCGACGAUGUAUUUAUUAAUUAAAGAGAAACAAAAUUACGACGAAGGAAAUUGACGUAUUGCGGCGAACAACGUUCGCCCGACCGCUCCAUAUCCGAACGUUCAAGAAUUCCUUGAUAGUUCGAAUAUCCGUAUGAAUUUACUCGAGAGUCGGGCGGACGAUCGACGUCGCGUGUAAAGAGACUACGUAUACACUCGUAUAUGAAAUAUAUUUUUGAUAAAAAUCUAUUCAAAAGUGCUCUAAAAAACAACCAAAAAAAAAGGGAGGGGGAAGAGAAGAAUAGAAUAACAAAGGAGAAUUUCGAUGGUAGAAGAUAGGAAACGGUAGAAGUAGAAGCGUAGUGGUAGAAAAUAUGGCAGAGAUAGAUGUAAUUAGCGUUAGGAGUCGCGUCGUCUGUCGAGCAUAAUAUCCCGAAGAGGGAAAUUUGUAAAAUUUUCUAUACAAAGAAAUUGGAACUUCGAUUGGAACAUUUUGCGCGCAACGUUCUUGAUCGACGAUCACUUCGUGUAAAUCCAGUUCGAUAUAUAUUCUGUCUAAAAAGUCGACUGAGCUUUCGAUAAAGGGAAUAUUCAGGUAUUAACUUUACUACACGUGGUAUCCACGUUGGCCAUUUUUCGGAAAAGCACCGGUACACAACGCUAAAACCAGAUAGGAAACUUCUUUAGGCUCGAGAUCUUGGACAAAUUUUCAACGUGUUUUUUCUUUUGUCCGCUCCUGCAAUCGAUCUCAUUGAGAGUUCAGGUAGCGGCGCUAGUGGAACUUGAAUCGCUUUGAAUCCUAUUCGGAUGCAUAUUUUCUAGAUAAACACUUAAGAUAGACAAUUUCCAUGAAUAAUGGAAUUUGCAACAAAUCCUAUUUAUCUACAUUCAGCAAUAUUUAUCCUUAUUACAGUCCAAUUAUCCCUUUUACCUCGAUACAGAGGAAUUUAUAACGAACGAUUUUACCACAACAUUCUUUGAUACUGAUAUUAAUCGCAUCGUAAUUUCAUCUUAUUCGGAAUCGAAUUUCUCGGAAGAUAAACCGAUUGACUUCACCUUUAAUAAAUUCGUCAACUUUAUCAAGUGCCACUUUGAAAAAAGAGAGAGAGAGAAAAGAAGCAACACCGUGCUGCUAUCUUUCAUCGUUUUACUCGAUAGAACAGAGUAAAUUUUAAGAUAAUUUUUAAAGAGUAUUUGUAACGUAAAAGUCCACGAACGUUUAUGACGUCUAUCGAUCGGUAUAUCUUCCGAAUGACUCGAUUAACGAAACGUUUCACUAAAUAAUUAGCAAUUAAAACACACCGGAGGGUGUCGUAAAAUCAUCUUUACCGAUCUCGACAGCUUCAUAGUAGUUGCAAACGGUCAUAGUCUGUCAAUGUUUCGAUCAAUUCACCAUCGACAAUUGUGAGAAUGCUCUGUUCUCAUUCACCGCGAAUAUUCGACGGUUAUCGCACAACAUCCGGAUAACAGUGAUCGUUAUCCUGCCUGUGAAACGCGUACUUUCGUUUUCACAGCGACGAACAUCCGUCGAUCGCGGUGAAGACGAGAAAAAGAAAUAGCAAAGAAAAGCGUGAAAUAAAAGGAGAGCAAAACAAAGCGGUAUAUGUUAGAAAGAAAGAAAACUAUUAUGUAGCGUACACAGUGAAAAACGUACACACACGCAUAACCGGCGACGGUUUCCGGGGCGCUUCGAGAGCCUCGGCCGUCUCUCUCAGCCGAGACGCAACCCUAUUAUUAUCAUUCUAUCGUUAGAGUAUAAGAGUUGAUAUUUAAGAAUUCGUAUUGUAAUAAUUGUAUGCGAACUAUAUUUGUUUGGUUGGCUUGAGGGCGAGAGUCUAACUCGGGUGUUAUUAGAUACUACGCUGUACCUUUAGCUGGCGGGCGAUCGGUGACCGGUUACUAGAUAUUUCGAACUUUUACUAUCUUCGGAAGAAGAACGAUGAUUUUCGAUCUCGCGAAACAACAACAGACAACGAUUUCUGCGUUACUCGUAUCUUAAAAAGAUUUCCAGCUUCCUUUGUAAAUUUUGUAAAUUUUGUAAAGAAAUUUCAAGCUUAUUUGAUUUAAAUUUUGAUUCGAACAAAGAACGAUUUCUAUGUUACUUUGAGGGUGGAAAUAAACACUUUGCAUAAGGGAAAUUAUGCUCAAGAAAAUAGUAGUUUCUAUCAUCUACGUAUGUACAUUUAUAUCGGUGUAUUAAUAUAUACUUGUACUUUAUAAUAUUUUCAAGCGUGAUAUCUUCUCAGAAAGAAUCGUCCAAGUGACUACUUGGAAAAGCAAAAUUACGAGAAAUCCUUCGAGCCGCAUUGCAUAUUCGUUUGCUCGGUUGUACAACGUUUGAUUUCUUUCGAAGAAUAGAACAUACAGAAAUAUGUUCGAAUACAAAAUUCAUGCUUAAUAAUUGUACGCAUCGGUUUACGUUAACCAAAAAAAAUUUGUUAUUUCGGAUGCAAAGGAUUAAACUUCAAAUAAAGAAAUUUUACAUUUACAGAGAAAUUAUGUUCAACUAUAACCUUGUGUAAUUAAGAAAUAUCGCGAGACCAAUCGUCGUAUCAAGGGACGACUAAGAUCUUCGUCUAUGAAGCGUGUAAAGCUCAGCUGGCGUAACGGAAUAUGGCGUGAAAUAUCGAUGACGAGUAUCGAAUCGUAGCUGGAAGCUUGUAAAGGGGACGAACGUGCUCUCGACGCGACGCGAAAAAAGGGUUCUCGAGAGGAAUUGCUUCGUCGAUGGUGCAUUCUCGACGCUGGGCGUUGGAAUCGUUCGCGAAGAAUUCGCUCGCGAUUAAAGAAACGGGAAAGGGUCGUGUAAAACCGAGGGAUUAAGAAAGCAGCAGCCACGGUCGAACACUGUUUCGCAUUGCUGGAAACCGUCGAGGAUACGUUCUCUCCGACAGGAAGAGGGCGAACGGGUUGAUCCACGGCGGUUGAAUAUCGUGGGUCGUCGAGUGAGAAUGAAAAGAAAAGAGAAAAGAUUGUAUGAAGAAAGAAAAGGAAGCGAAUCAAACCGGUGCGCCCGCCAGCGAUUUCGAGGGGGAAGAUAGACGCACGAAGAAGCGGAAAGUAACGAAGGAUGAUUUACGGUUGAAAAAGAUAUAUUAUCGAUAAACUGUGUCGAUCGAGAGGUAGUGCUUAACACGUGUUAGGGUCGUUUCUUCGAGAAAGAGAGGAAGAGUAAACCGGGAGAGAAUCGUUUAAAGUGACAAAAAUUUACAAAAUAGAAUAAAAGAAGAGAAGUAACGUGAGAAUGUGAGGGAGGGAGGGGAUUACAAAUUCGAGAAUAAAAAGUGUCGUGAGAAACUUAAGCGUAUCGGGGACGUACAAAAUAAAAUAUAAGCGAAGGCCUAUUGGAUGCGUUGAAUGGUUGGAACGUGUAGUAACGGCGGGGAGAGAGGUUUCUCGAAGAAACGACUCGCCUUUAGUCUUUUAAUAUUUUACUCGAGGACGUUGCCGACGGUUAGACUGGCCAUUGACCCGAAUUUUCAGGGAUAGAUCAAGGGUCAAGGUCACCAGAGAGAGAGAGAGAGAGUGAGAGAGAGUAAGAAAGAGACAGAGAGAAAGAGAGAGAGAGAGAGAGAGAGAGGAAAGGAACCUCCCUUACUUUUUAACACCGUCGUCAUCGUCGCGCUAAAUACGAGUUCGCGUUAAUUAAUCGAUGCUCUUAAACAGAGCGGAGGACACGGUCAAUAUGGUCCUGGCAGUUUUAUUUUCGGGCUUACGCGUUGUCCGUCUCGCGUUUCAUCCCCUUGGUGGUUCGAUCGAACAUUGGGAUAUUGCUUUCCCUUUCUUCUUUCCCUUCCAAUCUUCUCGUGUUUUUUUCUUCUCUCCUCUCCUGUCUGUCCUUGUAUUAUUAUUAUUAUUAUUAUUGUUAUUAUUAUUUCUCUCCUUCUAACGUAUCCGUACAUUGUAUCUUCGAUCGACGAGUCGCGAAGGGGUGGAAACCAGCGAGAAGGACGUCGACGAAGUACGCUCUAAACGAGUGCGUUCGUAAGCAUUAAGACAAAACGCAUCGCGGAAUUACGCCGCGCGCGCGCCUAGGUUUAAUGGAAAUAAGUAAUAAAUGGAAAGCAAAAUGUCGAAAGAAUAAGAAACGUGAGAGUGAGAGAGUAUUAUGAGGGAUGCGCGAGAGGAGAGAAGCGAGAAAUAUUAAAGCGAUGAGAUUAUGGGUUAUGCGAGACGCGAAGAGAACAGAAUGCAAGGAAAUUAUCGCGAAACGGCAAUUUAUUAGAAAAAGAAACAAAGCGUUUUAGAAAGAAAAGGAGAAGACAGAAGCACACAUAAAAUAAAAUAAAAAGAAAGAAAGAAAA